AAGAAAAGAAAAAAAGGGAAAAAAGCGGAGGAGUGAGGGAAGGAGGGAAGGAAAGAGGGGGAAAAAAGUUUGGAAGUCAUGUUUCUGCACACUCUCAGCUCGGCCGCCGCUGCCUCCCCCUGGCGCUGACUUUCUGUUCUUUCUCUCUCCCCUAGCUUCUUACUUUUUUUUUUAACUUGGAACCAGUAGGACAUUUAGGGAGGGAGCGGAGGGGGGGGGGGGACUCCCCCUUUCUUCCCCCCCAGCUUACAUAUCUUAUGUUUGUUUGUUUGUUUGUUUGUUUGUUUAGUGCUUGUUCGGUUGUGAUUCUCUGGCGCGCGGCCCGACAUGUGGUGAAGAGAGAGAGAGAAAAAAAGAGAGAGAGAGAACAGUGCACAAGGUGAUGGAGAGAGUGAUGGGGGGAGGAAAAGUGAGUAAGAGGAGAGGGGAGGUUUAUUGUAAGACUUGAAUGCCAACAAACUGAGGCCAUAUGAUAAUGUGAGGGAGGGAGGGAGGGAGGAGAGGGAGGGGGGAGCUUUCUGUGUACGCUUAAUCCUAUUUCCUUAUCCGGGGUUUGUCCCGCAGCCGCGCCAUUGGCCGGCCAGCGUCACGUGGUCGCUCAACUUUGUUCACUUGACAGAAAAGUAGGAGGGUUCAAGGGAACGGGAAUAAGCGAAGAGUAAAGGGAUGAGAUAUAAAUUUUAGUUAUAUAUUUUCCGAGUCGGUGCAAUUCCACAAAAAAGACUAAAUUAAUGGCCAUGAGCUCCUAUUUGAUCAACUCCAACUAUGUGGACCCCAAGUUCCCGCCGUGCGAGGAGUACUCACAGAGCGACUAUCUGCCCAGCCACUCUCCGGACUACUACAGCUCUCCGAGGCAGGAGCCUGCCUCCUACCAGCCGGACUCCCUCUACCACCACCUCCACCACCAGCACCAACAGCAGCACCAACCACAGCACCACCAACAGCACCGAGGCGAGCCGCCCUUCACGCCGUGCCACCGCACAGGGCAGCCCGCCUCGGUGGUGAUGUCCCCCCGGGGUCACGUCCUCCCCCCUUCGGCCGGGCUGCAGCAGCAGCAGCAGCAGCAGCAGCAGACAACGACGACCCCGGUCCCGGAGCCGCGGAGUCACCGCUGCGACUCGGUGACACCCAGCCCGCCUCCGCCUCCGUCCUGCGGCCAAACGCCGCACAGCCAAAGCACUUCUUCCCCCGCGAGCAACCGCAAAGACCCCGUUGUGUACCCGUGGAUGAAGAAAGUCCACGUAAACAUCGUGAGUACGAACUACACGGGCGGUGAGCCCAAACGGUCUCGGACGGCCUACACCCGGCAGCAGGUUCUGGAGCUGGAGAAAGAGUUCCACUAUAACCGGUACCUGACGCGCAGGCGCAGGGUGGAAAUCGCGCACACGCUUUGUCUGUCGGAGCGUCAGAUCAAGAUCUGGUUCCAGAACCGGAGGAUGAAAUGGAAGAAGGACCACAAGCUGCCCAACACCAAGGUCCGUUCAGGGGCAAACAACAACAACAUCAACAACAACAACAACAACAACAACAACACAAACUCCCAGAACCGGACCAGUGGAGCUCUAUAGCCCGGUUCUUUGUCUCACAGACAACCUGCAGUUUUUGUUUUCUCCUCUUCCUCCUUAUAACCUGAUGAUCGAACUGAACCUGCAGCCACUGCUUUGUGAACUAAACCGGAACCUGCACUUUGGACCGGGACAACGCUUUCACUCUGGAGGGAGAGAUGGUUGUUGAUGGUUGUUUAUGGUUGGAUGUAGCGGCCGGUGCUGGUGUUACACACGAUGUGAGGGCCUCUGAGGAAAUAAAUCACACACACACACACACACUCUCACACACACAGACUGUGCAGAAUGAAAGAACUGACGUUGAAUGAAAAAGAAAUUGAAAAAAAAAACAACCUAUGACGUCUCUUUGCCUCACCCUCAUUCACACACUUCUGCUCCUCUACUUUUAUUACCUCUUGUCUUUUUAUACCAUCUCCACCUCCUCCUCCACCUCCUCCUCCUCCUCUGCUUUCCAUAUGACAGCAUACGACAGUAGAUUCAAUGUAACACGCUCGAGCACGCGCGCGUCUGUGUGUACGUGUUAUUAUUUUCUCUCUUUUUUAAAUUUUUUUUCUACUCUCUUCUACCCGAUACUCUCUCUCUCUCCCUCUCUCUCUGGGUGAAGAUGAAUCCUCGUUUUCAUCUUUAAUCAUGACAAACUCGGCUCCCAUUUGUCAUGUUUACUCUGCGGUACACAAAGCCAAAAAGAGCAGGGGGGAGGAGGGGGAGGUGAACCCAUUACACCCCCCCUCCCUCGGUCCCACAAACACACACACCAAAACCACACAAACACAUGCAUCUCCAAACCACCGUUCAGGAACAUAAAUAUUAAAUGGAUCCCUCGAUGCGUCGGAAACAAGUAUUUCGAAAUGCGCGUGCACGCGCCACAAUUAUUGUCUUUGAAAUAAUUCUAAUUCUAGUGUUUUUUUUUAAUUGUUGGUUGUAAACAUGAUCCAUCCUCACGCCGUGUCUCCGCGUGACACACACACAUACGCGCGCGCUUGCUCGUGUGUUUGUGUGUUACACUGCGGUCGGCCGGUCGUUCACGUUGUUGGUAUUGUUGUUAUUGUUGUUGUUAUUAUUGUUAUUAUUGUAUGCAUACAGGGAAACUGACUAUGUGCACAGUUACCUCGCAGCGCACGCACGCACGCACGCACGCUCAACGAAGCAGGGUUUUUAUUCUAACGAAGCUGCCUGAAAAAAAAGGACUUUUAUCUAUUCAAACCAAAACGAUGGUACACGUAGCUUCAGAACGACAUUAUAAACGCAGCACUAUACAAUGUACUACCUAUUACCUCAGCUGUACCUAUAUACAUAUUAUUAUUAUUGUUAUUAUUAUUGUUUGUAUCUGUUUUAAAUCUUAUAUUUUUCCUCUUACACUUGUGGAAUGAAGUAAUAGCUUUUCCAGGUUUUUAUAUUUUUUUAAUUUUUGUGACUUAUACAAAUAGUAAUUAUUAAUAGUUAAUAUUAUUAUUAUUAUUAUUAUCUGCAACACAGAGAGGCGCUAUUGAUUUAUUAUAUGUGAAACAAAGGUUAUUUAAUUGGUUCCGGUCACAGACUUUCAGAACAACGAGGAGCCUUUUCUUUUUGCAUGUCCGAAUGACUGUUUUAUUUUUUUAUAAUUCGUUUUUUUAUUAAUUUUUUUUAAAAAACAAAAAGUACUUUUCCUUCUCGUUCUCUGUUGUUUUCUACGCACAUGAAAUGCGCGCCCCCGUCUCCUCUGCUCUUUGUUCGUUUUUUCCCCUCAUCGUGACACUUUUUUAGUCUGUAUUUUUUUAAAUAUAAAUAUAUUUUGUUUUUGUUCUUGUUUUUUUUCCCACAUUCCAAAGAUGAGUCGAAGAUGCUGUGGUGCAUGACGACUGAUGAUGGUGAUGAUGUUAUUGUUGAACAUGUGUGUGUUUGCCGCUCCUCUCUCUGCCUAUAUCUAUUCCCUCUUAUUAUUUGUAAAUAGUCCGUUGAAUUUAAAUAAAUGAGUUUACUCUCUAAAAAAA